UUUCCUGCUGUUUUCAGAUUUAUUUCAUUGGUCGCAUUUCACCUUUUUCCACAUUUGUGUGCUGUUAUUAAUUUAUCUUAAUGUUAGCACCCAUUAUUUAUAAUGAAGGGUCACUCCUCAAACUGCAUUGUAAUAGACCGCAGAUGAAGGUCAAAGCAACUGAAGGUAUGUUGAAUUUAGUAAAGUCUGUUAACUCGAUCUUCAACUUGUCUGCUUGUUUCCUAUUCAUGAACCGGAGUGUUGUGGUGGCUGUGAAGAAAUGUUUGGUGACUUUGUUGAUGCGUCACUAUGGCAACAGGGCAGUUUGGGAGUGCUGCCUGCAGCACAACAUAAAGUCGAGACAAUCCAACACAUAAUGUUCAACUCCAUGGAUCUGAAGUCCCGUUCUCACUCGGUGAAGCGCUGGCAGCUUAAUAGAACUGACUGUGGGGGGAGCGUUUCAUGGACACAUGUUUCAGUGCGUGGACACCACUCAGCCACAAACAAAGUAAUCAGCAGCUAUUUGCCGAGAGGAUGAGCCUGGUGAUGCACUGGUUUGACAUGUGGACGGACAGUCAGAGGAAACAUCUGCUGCACUCUCUGCUUAGCUGCAGCAACAGGAGUCAGAUCAAGUUCUGUCGAGAUUUUCUGAUGGAGACACUUCCUGUCACUCAUCUGAACUUCACCUCAGUCUUGCCUCGUUUUCUAUCACUGCACGUGAUGUCUUUUCUGUCCCCUCGUGACCUCUGUGCCGCUGCGCAGGUCAACUGGCACUGGAGAGUCCUAGCCGAGCAGGACUGUCUCUGGGCCCGGCGCUGUGUCAGACUGGGCUGGUUCCUCCCAUACACUCCCGCUGAAAAAGAGUUUGGGGCCUGGAAGAAACACUAUGCCCGCUGCUUCUCCACCCUGGAAUCUGUGUCUCCUCGCGAGGUGAGACCAGAGAAGCAGCAACACCUAGAUAAAAUGGAGGAGGAGAAGGAGAAGAGAAUGGAGUUGAUGUACAGACGGAUGAUCCAAGAGAAACUUCAAGAAGACAAAAGAACCUCUCUGAGAACCAGGAGACCAUGGGGGAGCUCCAUCAGGUCAGUGGAAGAUGUCACAAGGCUCGUCCAGACAGGACUCUCUAGCUCUGUGGCCACACUCACCCCAACACUGUCAAGCACCUCCACGAACCCCAAUCUGGAUGUAAAUGAGACUGGGAUGUCAGUCCAGGCCAGCAGCAUCCACAAAGUCAGUGAGUCACUUUCCUCCUUAAUCGUAAGACCUGCACCAGAACCAGCCACCCGGACCAUUUUCUACUCCCAUCCUGUUCUUCUGCUGCUGGUCUCCAAUAUGAUUCCGGCUUAUGAGAUGGUGUUAAGCGGAGUGAAGUCAGGCGUGAUUGUGGUUCUCUACGACCACAGAGGGAGUUUGUCUGCACUGUUAGCCCAAGUGAAAAGAGCCAUUUGUGGACAGAGAGCACAGAGACUGGGCCUUCUAGCUCCUGGAGGAACAGAGGAAAUGCAGAUCUUACACAAUAGCAUCCUUUCAGAAGAGUCUGUGGUGACACAGAGCCAUCGCAGGUUCUGGUUACAAAUACUUGGCCAUAUGUUGCCUCCAGGGGACGGUGGUGGGAUUGACUUCUUCUGUCCGCUGGCAGCAUCAGCUACAGGUCUUUCCCUGCUGCAGACUCUCUCUACUCUGACCAGUCUGAAAGUUUGUGCUCCGAUGGGACUAGCCAGUGGAAGUUUUCAGAACAUUUUGGGUGAGUGGUCGGAUGGAAGUGUGUGUGCUGGGCUCUCACAUGAUCAGCCUGGCGGUCCAGCACUGGAGUACCUGUGUGAGAGCGUUCUGCAGGGAUGGUGCUAUCAGGCUCACUGGAUGGAAGACGCUCUGCUUGAGAUGAGGAGGAUCCUGGGCACCAGAUUGCAAUGUGUCAGUCAUGAAGCCAGGGGCCGUGCUCUGGGUCACUUUCUGUGGAGGGAGAUGAGCCUGGAGGAUCUCAGUGAAUCCGAGGAUUUCAGUUUGGCUCUGACCGAAGGACUUGCUGCUCUUAGGGAAUAUACAGUGGUAAAGCCGGUGGAGUUCCUGGCUGACUUCCUGAGCAGAUGGAAGAAUGACGGGUUGGACAGAAGCAAGAAUGUAGAAGCAUCUGUUCCAUCACCGCUCUCCAGCAUCAGACAUGCGGAAUCUGAGCACCCCUUAGACUGGAGAGGCGUCAUCUGCAGGGAGCUGCACCACAGCGAGUGUGUUUAUGUCAGCAGACUCAACAGCAUUUUGAAGGAGUACAGAGAUCCUCUGAGAGCAGCUCUGGACUCCCACAGAACUAUCCUGAGCACCACUGACAUCCUCAUCAUCUUUAGUCCCGUCACUCAAAUGCUGCAGCUCCACAGGACGUUUGUGCAGGAGCUUGAGUUGAGGCUGCUGCAGUGGGGAGCAGGGCAGUGUGUGGGAGACGUGUGUGUGAAACUCUGCUCCCAGCUCAAGGUCUACACCAACUACUUCAACAACUACACAACUGCCCUCAGUACCAUCGACCAGUGCACUGAGCUGAAGCCUUUAUUCAGAGCAUUCCUCAAGAAAACAGACAGGACUCUUGCAACACACAUGAUGAGCCUGCAGGAGCUGCUGCUGUGUCCUGCGUGGAGAAUUUAUGAAUAUGUGACUCUGCUACAGUGCCUGAGCUUGCACACGCAUCACACUCACCCAGACCAUAUGCACCUGAACUCUGCACUCACCACACUAAGACAGUACAAAGAAUUCAUUCACAAGCUAAAGCAGAACUCAGAACGAGUCGCACUCAUUGAAGAAACCCAGCAGCUCAUCCAAGGAUGUCCUCACCUGGACGAGGGAAGCAGGCAGCUACUCAUAACACAGGAUGCUGCGUUAUUCCAGAGUCCGGAUGAUAACCUCCCUGAGUCUCUCAGGGAGUACGAGCAGACGUCCGAUAUCAGCCUUUUUCUCUUCAAUGAUGCUCUGCUGCUGACACAGCGACAAGUGAGACACUCGCCAUUCACUCUGUCCCACCAGAGCACAUACACUUUCCUGGCGUCUGUAGCGCUCAGCAGCCUGUCUGCCAGGAAGGUUGCCUACUCUCGCUACAUGAGUCAUGCCUUCGUGUUGGAAGGUCCGCGUCGGUCCUGGACCUGUGCCACUGAGACAGCGCACCAGAGAGACCACUUCCUGGCUGUGCUGGAGCCAGCGAUAAAGAGCGUUCUAUCAUAGGGGUGUCUCAAGUCUGCCACUUCGUCUCCUACCCGUUGGACCAACCAGGAAACUCAGAAGAUGUCGGACUGAGUCAUUGGGACUUAAUUUCAGUUGAAUUUGUGAACGAUUCAUCCAAACCAAGAAGACCCUACUGUUGACAAUGAAUUAAAAUGAUUAAACUGUGGCGGCUGGAUAAUUUGUGUGAAAUCACUGUUGUUGUUCACUGCCUCCACAACAUAUGCCCUGUCCCCUCACACAUGAACAAGAACCAGUGAUGGAGUGUUUCAGGGGCAGUAGCUACAGCAAUGGUUUGAGAGACAUUUGCUCUCCAGGGUGUCCUGUAGAGCUUCCUUCCACUUGGAUUGGACACUUGACUUAGAGAGUUGUCCAGGUGCCACACUAUCCUCUCUGUCUUUCAGCUGUUACUGAAUGUCAACAGUUUUGACUCAACUCAUACAGGCAGAUCAAGACUUUUCUGGUCACUUGGGUCCCCAUGACACCCCAGUGAAGUAACCAGCCUUAAGAGGCGAGAUCAUCGUGAGGGGCCUUCAGUUGUGGGAGGUUUGUGAUUCCUUCUUUUGUAUGUCAGCUGUGUUAAACAGUCCAAGUAUUGUGUCACAUGUGAUUUCACCACUUUCAAAGGUUAAACAUCACCUGUGCUAGGUUCCCAUUGAACCUUGAUGUGAAAGAGUGUGUGUGUCUUGAACUGAAAUCAUUCCUCAGAAGGACAUCAUUUCACAGUGAAAAGUCGUCUACCAUUCACUUGAGGUGCUAUUUGCGUCUGUUCCUGAGUUUAUUUAAGAUGUCCUGCAUUAAUGAACACACAAUCAGAGGGUGAGCUGGUUGACACACCGACACAAUGACUGUUUAAUGACUCAUUCUUGUGCGUUUCAAGAAUAGUGCCAUCGAUCAUUCAGUGUUUUCAAACCGAGAAUCUUUCAAGUGGUUUGGAGCCUCCUAGCUUUGUGGCUUUAGGAAUCAGAGUACCCCUCGAGUACAGAUGGGUUCAGCAGGAUUGAUUUCAUGCUAUUUAUACAAAAGAAUUUCGCAAUCCGCAGAUUCAGUGGUCCGCUUUAUAAGGGGAGUUAUUGGCAGAGGUUGACAGGUAUGAAGUUUGAUGUUGGUUUUGAUGAGCGAUGU